AUGCGCGGCGCCGGUGGCCCCCGCGGCCCUCGGGGCCCCGCUAAGAUGCUGCUGCUGCUGGCGCUGGCCUGCGCCAGCCCGUUCCCGGAGGAGGCGCCGGGACCGGGCGGGGCCGCCGGGCCCGGCGGGGGCCCCGGCGGGGCGCGGCCGCUCAACGUGGCGCUCGUGUUCUCGGGGCCCGCGUACGCGACCGAGGCGGCGCGCCUGGGCCCGGCCGUGGCGGCGGCCGUGCGCAGCCCGGGCCUGGACGUGCGACCGGUGGCGCUGGUGCUCAACGGCUCGGACCCGCGCAGCCUCGUGCUGCAGCUCUGCGACCUGCUGUCGGGGCUGCGCGUGCACGGCGUCGUGUUCGAGGACGACUCGCGCGCGCCCGCCGUCGCGCCCAUCCUCGACUUCCUGUCGGCGCAGACCUCGCUGCCCAUCGUGGCCGUGCACGGCGGCGCCGCGCUCGUGCUCACCCCCAAGGAGAAGGGCUCCACCUUCCUGCAGCUGGGCUCCUCCACAGAGCAGCAGCUCCAGGUCAUCUUUGAGGUGCUGGAGGAGUACGACUGGACAUCCUUUGUAGCGGUGACCACGCGUGCCCCCGGCCACCGGGCCUUCCUGUCCUACAUCGAGGUGCUGACUGAUGGCAGCAUGGUGGGCUGGGAGCACCGCGGGGCACUGACGCUGGACCCUGGAGCAGGCGAGGCCGUGCUGGGUGCCCAGCUCCGCAGCGUCAGCGCGCAGAUCCGCCUACUCUUCUGUGCCCGGGAAGAAGCCGAGCCCGUGUUCCGGGCAGCCGAGGAGGCUGGCCUCACGGGGCCUGGCUACGUCUGGUUCAUGGUGGGACCCCAGCUGGCUGGAGGCGGAGGCUCAGGCGCCCCUGGAGAGCCCCCUCUUCUGCCAGGAGGCGCCCCACUGCCUGCCGGGCUGUUUGCAGUGCGCUCGGCUGGCUGGCGGGAUGACCUGGCCCGGCGUGUGGCCGCUGGUGUGGCUGUCGUGGCCAGAGGUGCCCAGGCUCUGCUGCGUGACUAUGGCUUCCUGCCCGAGCUCGGCCAUGACUGCCGUGCCCAGAACCGCACCCACAGAGGGGAGAGUCUGCAUAGGUACUUCAUGAAUAUUACCUGGGAUAACCGGGAUUAUUCCUUCAAUGAGGAUGGCUUCUUGGUGAACCCCUCUCUGGUGGUCAUCUCCCUCACCAGAGAUAGGACUUGGGAGGUGGUGGGCAGCUGGGAGCAGCAGACUCUCCGCCUAAAGUACCCGCUGUGGUCCCGCUACGGCCGCUUCCUGCAGCCAGUGGAUGACACGCAGCACCUCACUGUGGCCACGCUGGAGGAGAGGCCCUUUGUCAUUGUGGAGCCCGCCGACCCCAUCAGCGGCACUUGCAUCCGAGACUCCGUGCCUUGCCGGAGCCAGCUCAACCGCACCCACAGCCCUCCUCCGGACGCCCCCCGCCCGGAAAAGCGGUGCUGCAAGGGCUUCUGCAUCGACAUUCUGAAGCGGCUGGCGCAGACCAUCGGCUUCAGCUACGACCUCUACCUGGUCACCAACGGCAAGCACGGAAAGAAGAUCGACGGCGUCUGGAACGGCAUGAUCGGCGAGGUGUUCUACCAGCGCGCGGACAUGGCCAUCGGCUCCCUCACCAUCAACGAGGAGCGGUCCGAGAUCGUGGACUUUUCUGUGCCCUUCGUGGAGACGGGCAUCAGCGUCAUGGUGGCGCGCAGCAACGGCACCGUGUCCCCCUCGGCCUUCCUCGAGCCCUACAGCCCUGCCGUGUGGGUGAUGAUGUUCGUCAUGUGCCUCACUGUGGUCGCCGUCACCGUUUUCAUCUUCGAGUACCUCAGUCCCGUCGGCUACAACCGCAGCUUGGCCACGGGCAAGCGGCCUGGUGGCUCAACCUUCACCAUUGGGAAAUCCAUCUGGCUGCUCUGGGCCCUGGUGUUCAAUAACUCGGUGCCCGUGGAGAACCCCCGGGGGACCACCAGCAAAAUCAUGGUGCUGGUGUGGGCCUUCUUCGCCGUCAUCUUCCUCGCCAGCUACACAGCCAACCUGGCCGCCUUCAUGAUCCAGGAGGAGUACGUGGACACCGUGUCUGGGCUCAGCGAUCGAAAGUUCCAGCGGCCCCAGGAGCAGUACCCGCCCCUGAAGUUUGGGACGGUGCCCAACGGGUCCACGGAGAAGAACAUCCGCAGCAACUACCCUGACAUGCACAGCUAUAUGGUGCGGUACAACCAGCCCCGCGUAGAGGAAGCGCUCACUCAGCUCAAGGCAGGGAAGCUGGACGCCUUCAUCUAUGAUGCAGCUGUGCUCAACUACAUGGCCCGCAAGGAUGAGGGCUGCAAGCUCGUCACCAUUGGCUCGGGCAAGGUCUUUGCCACAACGGGCUAUGGCAUCGCCCUGCACAAGGGCUCCCGGUGGAAGCGGCCCAUCGACCUGGCGCUGCUGCAGUUCCUGGGGGAUGAUGAGAUCGAGAUGCUGGAGCGGCUGUGGCUCUCCGGGAUCUGCCACAAUGACAAAAUCGAGGUGAUGAGCAGUAAGCUGGACAUCGACAACAUGGCAGGUGUCUUCUACAUGCUCCUGGUGGCCAUGGGCCUCUCCCUGCUGGUCUUCGCCUGGGAGCACCUGGUGUACUGGCGCCUGCGUCAUUGCCUGGGGCCCACCCACCGCAUGGACUUCCUGCUGGCCUUCUCCAGGGGCAUGUACAGCUGCUGCAGCGCGGAGGCCGCCCCGCCGCCCGCCAAGCCCCCGCCGCCGCCGCAGCCGCUGCCCAGUCCCGCGUACCCGGCGGCGCGGCCCGCGCUCACCGGGCCCUCCCGCCACGCGCGCCGGUGCCCGCACGCCGCGCACUGGGGGCCGCCGCUGCCCGCCGCGCCCCACCGGAGACACCGGGGCGGGGACCUGGGUACCCGCAGGGGCUCCGCGCACUUCUCCAGCCUCGAGUCCGAGGUAUGA